AUGUGCUGUGGAACCCGGAUUUGUGGAAAUUGUUCAGAAAAAUUAAAACAAUGUUCGCAAUGUCCGUUCUGUUCAGAACCUGGAGCCAGUGACAUAAAACCAGACAGGGGCUACGAGCGCGAGCUGAGAAGGAUGCAAAUAUCUUGUCCAAGAUGCAAUGAACAAUUUUCUGGCCGCUUCCCUGAAUUGAUUAUUCAUUUAGGCAAGCACCGUGACCUACCUUGUCCUAACUGCGCUGAAAAGUUCGUUUUUCCGCAGGAAUUGAACAGUCAUCAGUAUAAUACGUGCGAACAUCGUGUGAUAGAGUGUCCACUGAGUUUUCUCGGAUGUGACAAAAUGGUGCCCCACAAAUAUAUUGAAAAGCAUCUUUUAAGCAAUUACCAUCAACGACUUUUGUUAAACUUCGUACAGACAAUAUUUUCGCCAUCAUUAUUAAACAACAUUUUAUCAAAAGAUUCCAAAAAUGCCGAACAGACGUUUGAAAAAACAUUACGGGAGUAUUUAGAAAAGAUAAAUCCUUUGAUUGAAUACGUGGACCAAUGCACGAGAAAUUGCCACCAGUUGAGUUCGAAAAAGCAAGACAUGGAAACAAAGAUUAAUGAAAUACGAACACAGUCCGUUGCUGUUAAAGAAUCAGCGGAAAAUGCGGUUAAAUUAAUUAAAAGUAUUUAUCAAAUCAUAACUAGUAUAACUGAAAUUUUAAACAAAAUGAAAUCUCAACCGAUAGGCGGCUCGAGACUAUUAGAUACAGACGGAACUUACAUCUGGAAGGUGAAACUGUCCGACUUGAUAAGCAAUCGACAGACAUUACAAUCUAACGUGUUUCUCACUUGCCAAAGCGGAUACAAAUUAGUACUUCAAUGUGAAAUUUAUGAGAAUACAUUGACAAAAACGAGUUAUAUUUCAGUAGCCGUUGCCAUCCUUCGCGGAGAGUAUGAUGCUAUUCUCAGCUGGCCGAUGCCUUAUCCAAUCACACUGGCGAUAGUUGAUUUAUCCGGAAAAAGAAAUGAUAUUUCAUAUCCGAUCCAUAUGGAUCCGUCUAUGCCACCACUUCAAAGACCAAUGAAUGAUUCGAAUCCUCCAUGCAAAGUGGACCAGUUUUAUCCUUUGGAAAAAAUAAUGAAAAAUAAUAAUCGUUACGCACAAAACGAUGCAAUGUUCAUUCGAGUGCAUCUGGAUUUCGUGGCAGGAAGUCUUAAUUCAAUACCAAACAGAGAACAGCCGAAGUUGCAGAAUUACGAUUCUGUUCCGAAUAAAAUAGCAUCUCAAUUGCUGGCGGACUGA